GGCACAAGGAAGAGGACGGGAGAAGAUGGAAAGACCAUAGCUUUCAUCUACCUCUUACAUGAUGCAGGACAGACGGGGGAUGAACAUAAAUACCUUACAUCAAGGUGCCUAUGCAGUACGAGGAUCAUUAACGGGAAUUAUUUCGCCGACCUACGCCUUGGAGUAGCCUACCUUUGUUUUGCUGUGGGACUAUUGCGUGGUUUGGAUUACUAUUUUGGGGGACACAGAAUUCGCAGACGAGCCUUAAAAACGAAAACCUCGUAUGGAACCCACCUUAUACGCCGACAGCGCUUUUGUGUUUGCAAGCCAACCAAAAGGGUAGUCGACCGAAUCAUAGGAAGUAAACAGGAAAAAAGGUUAUUGCGGAUUUUUUGGAAUACGCGAUGCCACUCGUGUCAUCUCACGGGACUGAACCAUUCUGAGGCACUGGAGUGCAUCUUGUGUGGAUUUUCUUGUCCGGACCCAGUUAAUGAGAGGCGCCCAGUGUUGUAGGCUGCGGAGACCUCCUCAUCAUCACCUCCCACCUCCUCUUCCACCUCCACCACCUCCACCUCCAUCAUGCUGGCGUGUUUACAGCGGAGUCACACCCACACCCAGAGCCACGCCCCCCAGCACCACCUGAUGGGCACGCCCAAGAUGCCAGAGCUGCAGCUGCCCAUCCCUCGAAAGAGUGAGAUGAGUUCCUCCUCGGCACAUGGCCUGUCGCGCUACCCGACACCGGCCGAGCUGGACGCCUACGCGCGCAAGAUGGCCGACAGCCCGCUCUCCAUCAAGAUCUUCCCCACCAACAUCCGGGUGCCGCAGCACAAGCAGAUCGGGCGCACCGUCAACGGCCUGGACACCACGGGCCAGCGCUACAGCCCCUAUUCCCAGCCUUACUCCGGAGGGUACCAGGGCCUGCUAGCAGUGGUCCGGACGCCCUCCGUGACCAGCAGCAACACCAACACUAGCAGUGGUAGUGGAAGCGGCGCUACUAAAGGCGUGUUGAAGAACUCAGAGGGAAAGCGCACCAAGCUGUCCCCGUCGCACAUCGCCGUGGCGCCCUACGCGCCCCCGGCCAAUAGCGCCAUGGCCAACCGGCUCCGGCACAAGGCCUAUAGCCUGGCACACUGUGGCAAGCCCCUGGAGGUGGCCAACAUCCCGGCGCCACCACACAACGUCAUCAUGGCUGCGGCCUCGGUGGUGCCUGUUUCGGGUACAGGUCAGGCCCUGUCCACCCUCGGUGGCUCCCUGUCGUCGGAGCUGCCGGUACAGAAUCUAUUGAGGCACAUGGGCAGGCCGUCCUUACACGUGCCCCACCAUGCCCAAGGGCUGCAGCCGCUAGGAGAGGCCCAGACCUCCUCCUCAAGCCCGGCUCUCCAGGCUGCCACUGCCUCUAGUGUUCUUGGUGGACAUGGGUGUAAAUCAACCACCGCCACAGACUCUACUGGUUACCCGCUGGCUGCCCCGCCUCCGCCUCACAGCGGGCUGGCCUAUUCAGGAGCCGUGUUGCCCAUGCAGAGUGCAGAGACCACCACAGCCACCGGGGGCCAGUACAUGGACAGUGUUGACUACACACUGUGGCAGCAGCACAAACAGCACAAGCAUCAACAACAACAACAACAACAGCAUCAUCAACAACAACAGCAUUACCACCAGGGGGCACUGCGGAUGUACGGGGCCAACAGCGGAGGAGGGGCGGUGGUCAGCCGCUCCCCAGAAACCUGCGUCCCUCAGCUGGCUUUCCGUGGCGGCGUGGUUGCCACCAGCAGUGGUGGUGGUGCUCUGGGCUCUGGCUCCUUUGAGCGUCUGGGCUCCUCGCCCCUACACUGCCCGGCCAUGCAUGGUGAGUUCUCGGUGGGGCAGUUCUUCGCGCCGCCCUGGAACAGUGUCCUCGCCACCCCGGACAGUGACUCUUACUCCAACCCUCUGGAGCUUCCUCUGGGCUCCACCAUGGCCACCGCGACUACCAGAGACAUGGUGGGUCUCUCCCACCAUCACCACCACCAUCACAACCACCUCAACCACCACCAGGCCCAUCAUGGGCUGCCACAGCACUUCUGCUCCGACGGCAGAGGAGGCGCUGCUGCUGCUGCUGCCAUGGGCUUGUGUUGCAGCGCCGCCAUGGUUGGUCCUUCGAGCCGGACCCUGUGCCACGCCUCGGUGCUCAGCAGCAGCCUGCAGUCUCUGGAGUGCCUGAUCAGCGAGAUCCAUCCUCCCUGCAUCAAGGAGCGCAUGCUGGGGAGAGGCUACGAGGCCGUGGCCGGGUCCCUGGGUAUGAUGACGACGGCGACAGCCAUGGGCACUCCUGGCGCUCCACUGCUCCUGGACCACACGCAGCAGCAGCAGCAGCCCACGCACAUCCAGCUUCCUGUCUUCAGAUAAAGUCAAAGGUGAAAGGUCAAAGGGUGAAGAAGUAGGAUAUUGGAGACGAUGGUGACAAGAAGACACUGGACUUAUGGCACGUGUCAAUGCAAGAUGGGGAAAUUAAGGGGAGAAACAAAAGCAGCAGAAGUGAUAGUGUGUUGGACAAGUUGUGUGAUUUUCACUGGUGUAAGGGCUGACCGCGUGGAGCAAGACAUUGCGAAAGGUCAUGGCCAAUGAAACUGACAAUGAAAGCCGGUGUGGCAUUGUUUUUGCAUUGUGCUUGUCAUUCCUAAGAACUGGACCAAGCAAACAAAAAGGGGUUUGCUGCCAUUUGCCUGAUAUAUUUUUUUUGGUCGGUCAAACUUCAGGACCAACAGGGAUUGUUUUUGUUUCAAUUUUUCUUGUCACUGUACUCCAUUAGAUUAUUUUCGUUUGCAUUUGAGAUGACACAGUAGUUGCCAGGAGAUAUUACCUACCCCUGAUGAAGGCUGCCAAAAAGAAACAAGUCUUGGGAAGACCUAAUUUGAGGGUGGUAAACGUGAUGAGACGGAUAGAUCUGAACAUCGGCAUAGCAGUGGUUAAACUGGACCGCUAGCUAGCUAGUUAGCACAUCUGUCAUUUGCUUACAUUCAUUUACGGGUUUUUUGCAGAAAUGCAAAUGAACAAAUGUGUGCUGGUCAGCUAGCUCACCCUGUGGUACUUAUACGCUAGGAGCGCUAGCUAUGCUAGGACUUCAGAUCUACUCAGUUGCUUCAACCACAGCACUGCCUUCAACUUAGGGCAACGUAGACAAUUUUCUUCUUAACUGCCCCUGUUUAGCUGUAUGUCAUUGUCAGGUCGACGUGGUUUAACUUAAAAUAAAUAAAAACUGUAUGUCCGUAGAGACAGAUUUGAUAUUGAAAAUGGUACUAUAAUCAUAAUAAUUAUGAUGUACAAUUGCACUGCUAUGAGCAUAGCAACUGACGAUGAAGAAGAACGAUUGGAGGAGAAGGUUUUGGGGGGAAGGGUCACACAAAAAAGAUGUAUUUAAAAAAAACUUGAAAACUUGAAUUUUUUGUCCCCCUCAAAUAAGCUGUUUUAUUGUAUGUUAACGUUAUUUUUUGGAAUCAUUUCAGGCUGCUAAUGAGCAAAAGUAUUUAAGAAAUUAUUUGACUUUUAUGUUCAGAAUUUUCUUUAUUGUUUUUGUUCCUGUGACAAAAGAGAGGGGGUGUGAAGGAGAUUUCUGCUUUCAGGCCCCAGAUGUACGUAUGUAAGUUAAGAAUGUUGUCUGUGUACGGUGCAGUUAUUCCUGAAACACACUGCUGUUAUUGAAUGUGAGUGUGUGUGUGUGUGUGUGUGUGUGUGUUAGAGAUGGCCAAGUUGGUAAACAGACAUGCAUCAUCUGUCUAACAUCCCUCUUGAGAUUCUCUCAUUCAGCUUACAAACAUUUAGGGGACGAAAGAGAGAGAAUGGACAAAAACCUUUUUGCCCAUUGUGGUUUUACGUUUUAAAAUAAUAAUAAUAAUAUUUAUUAUUAAAGUAACAAAAUUUUAGUCGCCAUAUCGCUUUUUAUUAUUGCUGUUAUGUCUGGGACACACAAGGCCAUGUGAUGCAUUCCCUCGUGUUUUCUUUUUCUUUUCAUGUGUUAGUUCUCUUUUAUUUGUGUGUGUGGAUUUUGAGAUUUAUUUUCCAGUUUCUAUUGAGGAAUGAUGUGUUUUGUUUUCUUUCUUUCUUUUUUUAAAGACAUGGUACACAAUGGGCUAGAUUAUAUGAAGUGCAAUUAUACUGUCAAACUAACAGCCCCUCCCCCCCCUCUCCUCUGCACCUGCUCUUUCAACAGUUCUAUUGACAUUCUAUUUACAAGUGUAUGGCUCCUUCUCCAAGCAUACUUCCUUAUCAUGAUUAAGAUUGUCAAAUAAAAAUCUAA